CACAAACUCGCUCGCAACACUGCCGCCGAUUUGUACGACAUCUUUUGACACCCCGUAGGAGCGGAUGAGAAAAUUCUGAUCCGUUUUCGCACCGAACCGAUCGAAAAAGGUUACCUUUCGUCCAGCCUGUCGACCUUCGCCGUUGAAAUCGCCUAAAGCACAGGAACCAUGUUCAAGUCCAUCGUGCCCGUGCUGUCGCAGGUUCCUGCUGAGAUAUGCCUUGGCCAGCAGAACCGUGGCAUGGCCACGCUAAAGGCUAUCUCGAUCCGAUUGAAGUCGGUCAAGAACAUCCAAAAGAUCACCCAAUCCAUGAAGAUGGUGUCGGCCGCCAAGUAUUCCCGUGCCGAGCGUGAUCUGAAACAGGCGCGACCGUACGGUGUCGGAGCGCAGCAAUUCUACGAGAAGGCCGAGGUAGCCCCGAAGGAGGAAGACUCCAAGAAGCUGUACAUUGCCAUCACGUCCGAUCGUGGCCUGUGCGGUGCGGUGCACACCGGCGUUGCCCGUUACAUUCGCGGCGAGCUGACCAAGGACGCGAACAUCAAGGUUAUCUGCGUCGGUGACAAGUCGCGUGCCAUCCUGUCCCGGCUGUACGGCAAGAACAUCGAGAUGGUGGCGAAUGAAAUCGGUCGUCUGCCACCGACCUUCCUGGACGCUGCCAAGCUGUGCAAUGCCAUCCUGAACCUCGGCUACGAGUACACGGACGGUAAGAUCAUCUACAACAAGUUCAAGUCGGUCGUGUCGUACCAGGUGGCGGACAUUCCGAUCUUCUCGCUCAAGUCGGUUGAGUCGGCGGAGAAGCUGCCGGUGUACGAUUCACUCGACUCGGAAGUGAUCCAGAGUUAUCUGGAGUUCUCGCUGGCAUCGCUGCUGUUCUACACGAUGAAGGAGGGUGCCUGCUCGGAGCAGUCGUCCCGUAUGACGGCCAUGGACAAUGCGUCCAAAAACGCCGGUGAGAUGAUUGACAAGCUGACGCUGACGUUCAACCGUACCAGACAGGCGGUGAUUACGCGUGAGCUGAUUGAAAUUAUUUCCGGUGCAUCGGCGCUGGAGAGCAAGGAUUAAAUGCGCGUCGUCGUAUGGGUUGU